AUGUGCUGUUUCAGCAAUUUCCUGUCAACGGUGGGGGUGGUGAGGGAGUGUGAGGGGCGUGGCGCGAGAAAGAGAGCGGUGAGGAGAAGUUUUUCUGUCUCUCACUUCCCAUCUCCUCCUACCCCGUGUCUCCUGCACCUCACUCCACCACUGCUGGAUCUGCAGCUCCUGCUGCUCCUGCUGGCUCUACUGCUAGUGCACGCAGCAGCAGAGGUACCAGAGGCGAUGAUACCGAUCCCAGUGCUGCUGGCACUGAUCGCGGUGUUGCCGCCUCUCUCACUCACCAUCCGCUCUUCGUUGCAAAAUCUAUUCCAGCAAGGGUGCCUCAUGCUGCAACCAACCAGCCCAGCCUCCUCUCGCUCACCCGCUUCUCCUCCUGUGCCUGCUGCUGGGGCUUCGUCUAUCAACCCCUUCUCACUGCCAAAUGCAGCAGCCAGGCACGUGGAAGGGCAGCUGGUUGAGAAGGUGGAGGCGCAGCUGGUUGGGAGAAGAAAUUUGGACAGAGAGGGGAAGGAAGAAGAGCGAGAUGAGGGGCAAGUGCCGGAAGGCGAGGGUUGGGAGUGUGAAGAGGAGAAUAAAGAGGUGGAGGAGGAUUGGGCGGAGCUGCUGGAAGGAGCGGCUGGUGUGAUUGGGGAGGGCGCACGCGCGAGUGCGACACCGCUAGCAUAUCUCAGCAAGUCUAGCGAGCGGUCUGCUCCGCUGUAUCUAGCCCCUUUCCCGCUCACUUCCUUCCCUUUGUCCCACUCACUUGUGUCGCUGCGCACCUUCUUCUGCCCCACCGACUCCCACCCCUAUGGCACGUCCGCACUGUUCACCUCCACAGUAGCACGCCAGAGGCUACUGACGUGGCAGAGUUCUCUUCCACAGGGGCAGUUCUCUUCCACAGGGGCAGUUCUCUUCCACAAGGGCAGUUCUCUUUCACAGGGGCAGUUCUCUUCCGCAGGGGCAGUUCUCAUCCGCAGGGGCAGUUCUCUUUUGCAGGGGCAGUUCUCUUUUGCAGGGGCAGUUCUCUUCCGCAGGGGCAGUUCUCUUCCGCAGGGGGAGUUCUCUUCCGCAGGGGCAGUUCUCUUCCGCAGGGGAAGUUCUCUUCCGCAGGGGCGGUUCUCUUCCGCAGGGGCGGUUCUCUUCCGCAGGGGCGGUUCUCUUCCGCAGGGGCAGAUCUCUUCCGCAGGGGCAGUUCUCUUCCGCAGGGGCAGUUCUCUUCCGCAGGGGCAGAUCUCUUCCGCAGGGGCAGUUCUCUUCCGCAGGGGCAGUUCUCUUCCGCAGGGGCAGUUCUCUUCCGCAGGGGCAGUUCUCUUCCGCAGGGACAGUUCUCUUCCCCAGGGGCAGUUCUCUUCCUCAGGGGCAGUUCUCUUCCACAGGGGCAGUUCUCUUCCACAAGGGCAGUUCUCUUCCACAAGGGCAGUUCUCUUCCAGAGGGGCAGUUCUCUUCCACAGGGGCAGUUCUCUUCCACAGGGGCAGUUCUCUUCCACAGGGGCAAAUCUCUUCCACAGGGGCAGUUCUCUUCUACAAGGGCAGUUCUCUUCCACAGGGGCAGUUCUCUUCCACAGAGGCAGUUCUCUUCCAUAGGGGCAGUUCUCUUCCACAAGGGCAGUUCUCUUCCACAGGGGCAGUUCUCUUCCACAGAGGCAGUUCUCUCCUCACCCUGCGACCCCUCCCCGUCCUCCACGCCUUCUCUGUCACAGCGCAAUGCGUGUUGCUACUUUCCCGCUGAAAUUGUUGCACAUGCUCUCAACAUGUGUUACGUCAAUGCCACACUGCAAGCCCUCGCGUCCUUUCCGCCCAUCCUCUCCCACCUCCUCCACUUCACCCUCCUCUCUUCGCUCGCCCGCUCCUCUUUUCUCCGCCUAGCCAUCACCACUGAUUUCCGGUGGCUGGCGUGGCAAAUGCUGAAAGAGAGCGGUGAGGAGAAGUUUUUCUGUCUCUCACUUCCCAUCUCCUCCUACCCCGUGUCUCCUGCACCUCACUCCACCACUGCUGGAUCUGCAGCUCCUGCUGCUCCUGCUGGCUCUACUGCUAGUGCACGCAGCAGCAGAGGUACCAGAGGCGAUGAUACCGAUCCCAGUGCUGCUGGCACUGAUCGCGGUGUUGCCGCCUCUCUCACUCACCAUCCGCUCUUCGUUGCAAAAUCUAUUCCAGGGUGCCUCAUGCUGCAACCAACCAGCCCAGCCUCCUCUCGCUCACCCGCUUCUCCUCCUGUGCCUGCUGCUGGGGCUUCGUCUAUCAACCCCUUCUCACUGCCAAAUGCAGCAGCCAGGCACGUGGAAGGGCAGCUGGUUGAGAAGGUGGAGGCGCAGCUGGUUGGGAGAAGAAAUUUGGACAGAGAGGGGAAGGAAGAAGAGCGAGAUGAGGGGCAAGUGCCGGAAGGCGAGGGUUGGGAGUGUGAAGAGGAGAAUAAAGAGGUGGAGGAGGAUUGGGCGGAGCUGCUGGAAGGAGCGGCUGGUGUGAUUGGGGAGGGCGCAGGCGGUGCAGCGGAUGACAGCACACCUAAAAGGGCACAGUUCAUUCGCGAAGACCCAGACGCGGCAUGCUACCAGCAGAGCGAGACCAUGUUUCCAGCUCCUCCUCUUCCUCCAGCAUUCGCUGACGCUGCGUACAAUCUCCUCCUUGCGUUGAUCUGCCGCUGCUGGCGUCGUCUGGCGCAGCGCCACGUCGCCAUGCUGCUCGUCAAGAAGGAUCGCACCAUUUCCUGCGACGAUCUCCGCGCUGCGGUCACGUGCUUCCCGCACCUCGCGCACCUCCGUCUGAGCGACGGCAGCGCGCAUCCCAUCAACGACGCCUUCCUCGCUCACCUCGCCGCGUGCUGCCCGAAGCUGACGGCGUUCCACGUGGGGAGUGCGACCAUGCCGCAUAACUUCGAGUACGACUCACCUGGGGAGUACGACCAGCCAGGGAAGUCCUUGCUCACGCCGGCCGGCUUUGACGCGUUCUUCCGCGGCUGCACGCAGCUGGAGCAACUCUCGCUGGGAUGCCUGCAUGCCGAUUUCGGGUUACGAGCUUCGCUCUUCCAGCUCGUGCACCUGCGAUCUCUCGCGCUCGCUGAUCUGUCGGCGAUAACGACUACAUAUGUGCAGAAAUUCACCUCUCUCGCGGCGCUCGCGAUCAACACGGCGGUGUGGGACUUUCACGACCUCGAGAACCUCGCGCUCCUGCCACGCCUCGCUUCUCUAUCCAUAACGGAAGAAAUCACGCUCUUCUAA